ACGUUGGGUUUGCCCAUCACAGAUGAACAAAUCCAAGAGAUGAAGUCCAACCUGGACAACAUAGACUUCAAGAUGGCAGCUGAGGAAGAGAAACGGCUGCGGCAUGACGUCAUGGCUCACGUGCACACGUUCGGCCACUGCUGUCCGAAGGCUGCACCCAUCAUUCAUCUUGGUGCCACCUCCUGCUAUGUGGGAGAUAACACAGACCUGAUCAUCCUUAGACAUGCGUUUGAUCUGCUUCUGCCAAAGCUUGCCAGAGUGAUCUCUAGGCUUGCCGACUUCGCUAAGGAACGAGCCGAUCUACCCACCUUAGGUUUCACACAUUUCCAGCCUGCUCAGCUGACCACAGUUGGAAAACGCUGCUGUCUUUGGAUUCAAGAUCUCUGCAUGGAUCUCCAGAAUUUGAAGCGUGUCCAAGAUGGCCUGCGCUUCCGAGGCGUGAAGGGCACGACGGGCACCCAGGCCAGCUUCCUGCAGCUCUUUGAGGGAGAUCACCAUAAGGUGGAGCAGCUUGACAAGAUGGUGACAGAAAAGGCGGGAUUUAAGAGGGCGUUCAUCAUCACGGGUCAGACCUAUACUCGAAAAGUGGACAUUGAGGUGCUCUCUGUGCUGGCUAGCUUGGGGGCGUCGGUGCACAAGAUUUGCACUGACAUACGCCUCCUGGCCAACCUCAAGGAAAUGGAGGAACCCUUUGAAAAACAGCAGAUUGGCUCCAGCGCGAUGCCAUACAAGAGGAACCCCAUGCGCUCAGAGCGCUGCUGCAGCCUUGCCCGGCACCUGAUGACCCUGCUCAUGGACCCGCUGCAGACCGCAUCCGUGCAGUGGUUUGAACGCACCCUGGAUGACAGUGCCAACCGACGCAUCUGUUUGGCCGAGGCCUUUCUCACCGCAGAUACGCUGUUGAUCACGCUGCAGAAUAUCUCUGAAGGCUUGGUGGUAUACCCCAAAGUGAUCGAACGGCGCAUUCGACAGGAGCUGCCUUUCAUGGCCACAGAGAACAUCAUCAUGGCCAUGGUCAAAGCUGGGGGCAGCCGCCAGGAUUGCCAUGAGAAAAUCCGCGUGCUUUCCCAGCAGGCGGCCGCGGUGGUCAAGCAGGAAGGGGGCGAUAACGACCUCAUAGAGCGGAUCCGGGCCGAUGCCUACUUCAGCCCCAUACAUUCCCAGCUGGAGCAUCUGCUGGAUCCUUCUUCUUUCACUGGGCGUGCAUCCCAGCAGGUACAGAGGUUCCUGGAGGAGGAGGUGCAUCCCCUGUUAAAGCCAUAUGGAAGUGUGAUGAAGGAGAAAGCAGAACUGAGUCUGUAGAGCUGGAGAGAAGUAAAUGAGAAGUCGUUGCUGGCUUUGAGAACUCUAAUGCCGGGACAUGAAAACGGUGUCUGUAGUGCCUUGUUUUCCUUCGAGAACCAGUAGCUGAAGUUAAUCCAGUGCUUCCCGGCGCUUCUACGUUUCUCAAGGUUAUAGCCCAGAAACAGUGCUGUGCCGACUCUCUUCUUUACAGCAACACCAACUGGCAUAAUGAAUGCUCUAAGCAUUGAUGGGCUGUAGUUGGGCAGUCACCUAACAGCCUGUGCUGUAAUGGAGUGUCCAGGGGCCGCCACCUGCACUGGGUGCUGGUUCAAGUCCCGGCCGCUCCAGCUUAUCCAGCUCCCUGCUCGUGGCCUGGGAAAAGCAGCAGCAGAUGGCCCACGUGUUUGGGUUCCUACACCCACAGGAGACCCAAAAGAAGCUCCUGGCUCCUGGCUUCAGCCUGGCCCAGCCCCAGCUGAUACAGCCAUUUGGGGAGUGAACCAGCAGAUGGAUGACUUCUCUCUCUCGCUCUCUCACUGUCUAACUGCCUUUCAAAUAAAAUAAACCUUGAAAAUGUG